GUGCAGACGAUGAAUCAUGAAGAUAUUUGAUACUUCUACUUAUCGCCGCUGGUGGGGCGGCGGCUCUGGAUUCUUCGAAAAUGGCAGCGACGAGGCGGCUGCAAAAAGAGCUGGCAGAUAUUAGGAAAUCCGGAAUAAAAGCAUUCCGUGAAAUCCAGGUUGACGAAAGCAACAUCCUUACUUGGCAGGGUCUUAUUGUUCCGGAAAACCCUCCUUACAACAAGGGAGCUUUUAGGAUAGAGAUAAAUUUCCCGGCAGAGUACCCUUUCAAGCCCCCGAAGAUUACUUUUCGGACCAAAAUCUAUCACCCCAACAUUGAUGAGAAGGGUCAGGUGUGCCUACCCAUCAUCACAGCCGACAACUGGAAGCCAGCCACAAAAACAGACCAAGUAAUCCAGGCGUUGAUCACGCUAGUCAACGAUCCCGAGCCUGAGCACCCACUACGUGCUGAUCUUGCGGAGGAAUACAACAAAGACAAGAAAAAGUUCCUGAAGAACGCGGAGGAAUACACCAAGAAGCACUCUGAAAAGCGGCCGCCCGACUAAGCCCCCCUCCCCUCUCCAAUCCCCCGCUGCCAUUCGCCGCUUAGGAAUGCAAAGAGAGAGAGAGAAAACAGAGACAUCUUAAAUUAUGGUCAAAGCAACAUUUGUGGUCAGACAGAAAAGGAUGACCUGUAGAGGUUUUGCAGGCCAUACUCCUCAAAUUAAAGAAUCUGAACUCAAGCACGCUGGAUAUGGUCAGCAAUGUUUUAGGGUUAAACUCUAUCACCGUGUAUAUGUGUUUAUAAAUGCGAAUGGUGUACCAAGAAAUUGAACUGGAGUGGCAUAACGUGCAAGUCUGCAAUAGAGUGACCAGAAUCGUAGCGAAUGCGAUGUCCAUGCAGGGGCUGGAUUCAUUCCCUUACCUAGUAGAUAGAGCAAAGAAAAUGGAUUACAGUGAAAAAAAAAAAAAAAAAACGGGGCAGCCAUUCCAGUUCUGUGCUAUUCAGAAUACAAUUUUGAUAUCUGCUUUUCAAAUAAAUAAUCUCGGAUGAAACUUAAGAGGACACAUAAUACAACUCGCAAAUUGUUUGACUAACGUCUGAUUCUGUGUGCUUAAGAAUGUGGGUGCGUCAGGCAACGGCAAGAGAAAAGUGUCAUGGAACUGUUUUUGUAUUGCACAACAAAGAGUGGUGUUCAAGAUAAAAGUGUUUAGCACUGGAGAUGCUGAAAUGCUGGAAAAAUAAAGCUACAGAAGCAAACAAACAUG